GGGUGCGCAUGUCCUGAAAGCCAAGAGUACAGAUUAUUUUACGAUAGAAUCAGCUGACUUCAACGCUGCUUUCAAAGCCAGUGUGACAAAGGCUAAGAACCAUUUGUUAAGUUUGGCUCGGUUCAGGUAUGAUGAUGGGAAUGAAAACUUGUUUACGUCGCUAAUACUGGCGUUAAGAUUUUGUGUAGAGAUUUUUGUUCCCAUCUCUGAGGUUUGUCAUUACAGGGAAGUUUCGCUAGUGAACUGCCUCAUCAAUUGAGACUGGUAAUUACUUAGGCAGGAAUUUCUUGUCUUCGGGUAGACUGAUGAAAAAAAAAAUUUUUUUUUUUUUAUAUAAAGACAGGGUUUCACCAUGUUGGUCAGGCUGAUCUUGAACUCCUGAUCUCAAGUCAUCCGCCCGCCGUGGCCUCCAAAGUGCUUGGAUUACAGGUGUGAGCCACCACGCCCGGCCUGAAAUUUCUUGACUCGUGUCAAGUUUAAAACGGUAUUCAUGUAAUUAAAAGAAAUUUCCUGGUUCUUAAGUUGUCGAAGAAGUGGCCGUAGGCUCCCUGCCGCUUACCCUCUGGCGAGUAGGGGUCGGAUAGAGAGUAGCUUUGCUCUGCCGUUCCUCACGACCUUGGUUGGCCCAAUUCAGUUAAUGUUGGGGGCUACCAUUUGUUAUGCUUAUUACAGUUUUAAGGAGAAUUUUUCUCUUCUUCGUUUUUUAGGCAAUGUCUCUCUUCUCUGCUCAGCUCAGGCUGCGGUACAGCGGCCUACUCAUAGCUCACUGCAGCCAUGAACUCCUGGGCCCAAGCAGUCUUCCCUCCCCGGCCUCCUGAAUAGCUCGGACUGCAGGCUGCACCACCAUACCUAGCUAAUUUUUAAAGUGUUUUUGAUACAGAGGGGAUCUCACAUUGUUGCCAGGCUGGUCUUAAACUCCCGGACUCAAGCAGUCCUCCCAUGUUGGCCCCCAAAGCACUGGGAUUACUUCCAUGAGCCAUAGUGCCCAACCUAGAACUUCCUUUUGAAGGAAAGUAUUGAUGGACAGUUUUCUCGAGCAGUUCAACCUCACUUCUGUUAAGUUUUUGAGUGUACUUCUGAUAUUUUCUGAAAAUUUCUCUAAGUCACGAUUUCUAAUUCUCUUGACAGUUGGGCAUUUGACCUAUAGGUAGGUGCACAUUCGUGAUGAUUAAAACAUCAGUUCUUAAAUAUUUCUAUUUAAACUUUUUGUUGUUGUUUUGGGGGGGAAGACUGAGCCUCACUGUCUCCCAGGAUGGGGUACAGUGGCGUGAUCUUGGCUCACUGCAAUCUCUGCCUCCUGAGUUCAAGUGAUUCUCAUGCCUCAGCCUCAUGUAGUAGCUGGGAUUACAGGCAUGUGCCACCUAAUUUUUUUUUUUUUUUUUUUUAAGAAAGAGUCUUGCUCUGUCACCCAGGCUAGAGUGCAGUGGCACAAUCUUGGCUCACUGCAGCCUCCGCCUUCUAUGUUCAAGAGAUUCUCCUGCCUCAGCUUCCUGAGUAGCUGAGACUUAACAGGUGCAUGCCACCACACCCAGCUGAUUUUUUAUUUUUAGUAGAGAUGGGGUUUUACCAUGUUGGUCAGGCUGGUUUCAAACUCCUGGCCUCAUGAUCUGCUCACCUCGGCCUCCCAAAGUGCUGAGAUUACAGGCGUGAACCACCACACCCAGCCAAAACCUUGCAUUUUUUUUUUUUUUUUUUUUACAUUCAGCAUUUCUUUGUUUCUCAUGCCGUAUGUGCUUCUGCAUGGCUGUUCUGCGGUGACAAGGCAUCCUAGAAUCUCAGUACUUAGCAGAGCCCAAAAAUGGGGGGAGUGUUCAUAACGUUUUUCCAGGUCAGCUAUUGACUCUGCUCUUUCUGUCUUCCCUUCGUCGUGGGUUAAAGCAGCAGUUCCUACUUGGGAUGAUGGGGUCGCAGCUAUACUCGUACAGUGUGAUAAUCUUUUAAGCUUCUGCUCAGAGGUGGCAUGUAUCACUUCCACUCAUAUUUCAUUGGUCAGAACACUUUCAUAAGCAAACCUGUGAACACGUCUGAUGUCAGUGAUGAUGGGCAGCGUAAUCCUCUUGGGAGAAGGCAGUCAACAAUCGGAACACGUGUGAGCUCUCUCAGCUGGGCGACUGGCUUUGAGGAGCAUGUCUGUAGAUGCCAUGAAAUCCUCCAGACCGGCCUUGGGUGAGCAUCAACACAGAGAAGGGACCAAGAGCCAGUGCUUACUUCCCGAGCAGAUUCCCCAGGCUGGCUGAUCAUCACAUUCACCUGGGAUACUUUGUAAAAAGGUCCUGGACCAUUUCCAGGACAACUGAUGGAAAAUUUGAGGGAUGGAGCCCAGAAUUUUUACCAUAGGAAAUCAGUUUUGACGGUCUUCUGAGAAUAAAGUGGUCACAGCGAAAUACAGCAUGAAAAAUCAACUGUUUGUUCUGUCCUCUAAAAAUCUGAGACCAUGAAAAAUUGCUAAGCCAAAAGUCCUAAAGGCAACAAUACUGGUUUCUCAGCUGGUGCAAAAUUCGCUGCCACUCACCUUUUGAGCAAUAGACACCAAUCCUCACAUCCCACUGCAAAGAAUCCAGAGGUGCAUUUAUUACUGGAGCCUUCCAGACUGCUUUGUUGAUGGUGCUAAAAAAAUGAGAUUUGGUUUGGGUGGCAGAUGGAGUGGCUCACGCCGGUAAUCCCAGCUUCUCAGUCUGCUGAGGAAGGGAAUCGCUUGAACCCGGGAUGCUGAGGUUGCAGUGACCUGACAUCGCGCCGUUACUCCAGCCUGGGCAAGGAGAGCGAAACUCAUAGUCUCGAAAAAAGAGAGAGAGAGAGUGGGGACUAAAUCAGUCUUUCUUUUCCUCCUUUCUCUUCUACACCACCCCGUGGGUCAUCUGAAAGAGAACUGCUGAGAAUUCACCCAGUCUUUUGAGACCGUGAGCUGAUGAGAAGUGUGUUCUGUCUUUGCCUAUGGUCUGUGUACUGUCCCAGAAGCAGUUUCCUAGAAGACAGCUAUUAGGUCCUUCUUGGUAGAAGGGGAGGACAGUCAUCUUUUGAAGCCCCUUCAGCUGGGGCUUGUCCUUUGUUUAUGCUGUGGAGGUACUUAAAACACAAAAGGAUUUGUUGAACCCCCUUCAGCAGGUCCCUGUGUGAAGAAAAAGGGAUUUGUGGAAGAAACAGGAGUUAUGCCCUUUGCCGUUGGUGAAGCAUCUCCCUGAGAAUAAGUAAUGUUGGGCUCAUGUGGUGGGCUCUUUGAAGGUGUCUAAGAUGAAAUGGGGAUACUAGGGAAUAAAGGAAUGUUUUUUCAGUUGCUGCCCUCUCAUUUCUGUGUAAUCUGCAUCUUGCUCUCUUACGAUUGUGUUCAGGUCACCAAGUCUGGCCCUCGCCUUUGUAGGUUUAAAAUUGGAACUACACUGGCCGGGUGUGGUGGCUCACACCUAUAAUGCCAGUGUUUUGGGAGACCGAGGCAGGAGGAUCUUUUGAGGCCAGGAGUUUAGUCAUGGUUGUGAUAGGAUAGUUAAAAGAAAUGAAUGAUUUAGCUGCCAUUUUGCAUUUGCGAGAAUGUAAAGCAUGAGGGACUGAGAGCUGUGCUCUGUGUUAUGGCUGAAAGCAUAGGGUGUGUAGUUUUCUGUUUUGUUUUUUGAGACGGAGUCUCGCUCUGUCCGCAGGCUGGAGUGCAGUGACGUGAUCUUGGCUCACUGCACCCUCUGUGUCCUGGGUUCAAGAGAUUCUCCUGCAUCAGCCUCUCGAGUGGCUUGGAUUAUAGGUGCAUGCCACCACACCCUGCUAAUUUUUGAAUUUUUUAGUAGAGACAGGGUUUCACCAUGUUGGCCAGAAUGGUCUCAAUCUCUUGACCUUGUGAUCCGCCCGCGUUGGCCUCCCAAAGUGCUGGGAUUAUAGGCCUAAGCCACUGUGCCUGGCCAACGGUGUGUAGUUUCUAGGAUGAAAGCCGUUCCUGUAUGCAGUACAAAGGGAGAAUGGAUUGUGUGAUUCCAGCGAAGCAGACUGCUUGGUUUCCACUCGUUCUGCAUGAUUUGAAUGCAUCUUCAUCGUUCUAAGAUUUAGUGGUAAGGGAGCUCUCAAGCACUGUAUUCAGACAUCUUAUCCAGUUGAGGUAUUUUGUCUCUGUAUUGGUGUAGUCUAGGUUAGCCCAAAGGAAAAAUGUUUGCACCACCUCUGAAUAGAUAGAGUCUCACUGUGUCGCCCAGGCUAACACUUUGGGAGGCGGAAGCAGGCAAUCCCAGGUCUCUACUGCCCCAAGCUCCGGGACUCAAGCAGUCCUCCUGCCUCAGAGUGCUGGGAUUACAGGUAGGACCUACUGCACUCGGGGGUUGUUUGUAUUGUUGCCCCUUGUGUUGCUAAGCGAUUUCCUCCUAAACACAGUUAAGUGUGGUGGCCCAUGCCUAUAAUUCCAGCGUUUUCUGAGGCCAGGGCAGGAGGAUUGUUGCAGGCCAGGAGUUGAAGACCAGCCUGGACAACACAGUGAGAUCCCAUCUCUACAAAAAUUUCUAUUUAACGAGCUGAGUUUGUUGGUGCAUGCCUGUAGUCCCAGCUGCUCCGAGGCUGAUGUGGAUCACUGGAGCCGGAGUGGUCGAGGCUGCAGUGAGAUCAUACCACUGCAUUUCAACUUGAGUGACAGAGCGAGACCACUGUCUCUUAAAAACACCCAGCAAACCGCCACCUCUGCCCAAAACACAAUGACGGCCAUAGGUCCCAAGUCUCCGAAAUAUAUUUCAUGUGUGUAAAAUUGGAUAUGUAACUGUCUUAGUCCAUACUGUUUUGCCAUAACAAAAUAUCACAGAUUUAGUACUUUAUAAAGAAAAGAAAUUUUUUUUCCCCUAGUUCUUCAUGCUGGGAAAUCCAGUUUCAGGGUGCCAGUAUCUGGUGAGGGCCAUUGUGUGACACCUUGUCAUCCCACGAUGGGAGGCAGGAGGACAAGAGGUGAGAGGAGGUGAGCCAGAAGGCACAACUCACGUAUAUAAGGAAACCCUUCUCUUGAUAACUACCCCACUCCCAGGAGGACACUGACCCAUUCAUGAGGGCCCCACCUUCCUACACUGUUGCAUUCACGAUUCAUUUUCCAGUACUUGAACUUUAGAGGACACAGUGAGACCAGCAGUACCUUUGAUGGCCCUCACAUUCAUCGCCAUCCAACACACACCACCCUUCUAAUUCUAGGGUCAUUUCUCCCAGGGCUGAUAAAGCUCUUACCCCACCACAGCGCCCCAUCACUGCCUCUCCCCUGACAGGGUGGGAGCAUGAUGCCAGUUCUUUAUCUUAGGGCUGCUUUCCUGUGAUGAACAGCACACAGCACGUGCUCUUUCGAGGCUAAUGUUCUUCUUUUCAAUAAGAAUUCAGUUCUCAUGGCUCACGCCUGUAAUCCCAGUACGUUGGGAGGUGCAGGCCAGCAGAUCACAAGGUCAGGAGUUCGAGACCCGCCCAACCAACAUGAAACCCCGUCUCUACUACAAAUACAAAAAUUAGCCGGGCAUGGUGGCACAUGCCUGUAAUCCCAGCUACUCAGGAGACUGAGGCAGGAGAAUCGCUAAAACUCAGGAGGCAGAGGUUGCAGUGAGCCGAGAUCGGGCUACUGCACUCCAGCCUGGGCAGCAGAACAAGACUUUUUCUCAAAAAGAAUCCAGUUCUCUUUCUUUCAUUAUAAGCCCGGGAUUGUUCCUAGUUGUCCUACCUUUCCAGAUUUCUUCUUGAUUGGAUUUCAGGCGUGUCUGGAAAUCUUCAUCCACAUGUUCGCCUCAGCAUUUCUUUUUUGGCGGUGACCUGCACGUUGCUGGAGUACGGUGCCGAGUAUGUCCAGAUGCCACGGCUGCCUUUCUGAUUGUGUGCCUUCUCACGGUCACAGGUCCCUAAGAUUCUGAGUUGAUUGAAUUGGCUCAGUUACACGAACCUACCACAUUAACAGACACGCACACUGAAAUUAUAUAUAAAGAUUUCUGUGGGCAGGGCGCGGUGGCUCACGCCUGUAAUCCCAACACUGGGAGACCAAUGUGGGCGGAUCAUUUGGUGAAGUCAGGAGUUUGAGACCAGCCUGACCAACAUGGUGAAAGCCUGUCUUUCCUAAAAAUAAAAAAAUAAAAUAAACAUAGCUGGUCAUGGUGCUGCAUGCAUCUUUAGUCCGAGCUACUCAGGAGGCGGAGGCUGGAAAAUCACUUGAACUUCAGAGGUAGAGGUUGUGGUGAACCUCCACUGCACUCCAGCCUGGGCAACAGAGCAAGACUCCGUCUCAAAAAAAUAAUUUUUCUCUGUAUGCACAUUUUCAUUAUAUUUAUGCAGGAGACAAGGACACAGUUAAGAGCAACUGGACUUAGCACGAUGGAAAAUUAAAUCCCAUGUGAAACCUCUAGGACCUUAUCUCUGGUAUCACUCCCCGUCCCCCCCACCUUUUCUCUCCCCUGUUUCUGUUUAUCCUUUAAAGAUACUAUAAUCUGGCCAGGCGCAGUGACUCACACCUGUAAUCAGAGCACCUCGGGAGGCUAAGACCGGCGGAUCAUGAGGUCAGGAGUUCGAGACCAACAUGACCAACAUGGUGAAACACCAUCUCUACUAAAAAUACAAAAAUUAGCUGGGUGUGGUGUCGUGUGCCUGUAAUCCCAGCUACUCAGGAGGCUGAGGCAGGAGAAUUGCUUGAACCCUGGAGGUGAAGGUUGCAAUAAGUGGAGAUUGUGCCACUGUACUCUCUGGCCUGGGUGACAGAAUGAGACUCCAUCUGAAAAACAACAACAGCAACAACAUGCAACAGUACUGUAACCUUACCUUUUCUUGGAUAGGAUUAAAACUUACCUAAAACUUUCCCUGUCCAUUUUUCUUCACCUACAGUUAUUUGCAAAACCCUGUUGACUCCGCUUCUGAAACUGUUCUUUUGUCCUUUUUUCCAUUUCCAUUGUCAUUUCCAGUGCUGGCCCCAUCACCUCUUCCCAGACAGGAUCCUCUCGCCUCCAGCCUCUCUCCUGUACGGAGUUAGAAGCUGCUCUUCACAGAGAUGACGUGGAGUUUAUCAGUGACCUGAUUGCCUGCCUGCUUCAGGGCUGCUAUCAACGAAGAGAUAUCACGCCUCAGACAUUCCACAGCUACCUAGAGGACAUCAUCAACUACCGCUGGGAGCUGGAGGAAGGGAAGCCCAACCCUCUGAGGGAAGCCAGUUUCCAGGACCUGCCUCUGCGCACUCGGGUGGAGAUCCUGCAUCGCCUCUGUGACUACCGGCUUGAUGCAGACGACGUCUUCGAUCUCCUCAAGGGUCUGGAUGCAGACAGUCUCCGCGUGGAGCCAUUGGGUGAAGACAAUUCUGGGGCACUCUACUGGUAUUUCUAUGGAACACGAAUGUACAAAGAGGACCCGGGACAAGGAAAAUCCAACGGAGAACUCUCUUUGAGCAGGGAAAGUGAAGGACAAAAAAACGUCGCAAGUAUUCCUGGAAAAACAGGAAAAAGAAGAGGAAGACCCCCAAAACGGAAGAAACUGCAGGAGGAGAUUCUGUCGAGUGAAAAGCAGGAAGAAAACUCCUUGGCAUCUGAGCCACAGACAAGACAUGGGUCCCAAGGGCCGGGCCAGGGUACUUGGUGGCUCCUAUGCCAAACGGAAGAAGAAUGGAGACGGGUCACGGAGAGUUUCCGCGAGAGGACCUCCCUUCGGGAGCGGCAGCUCUACAAGCUCCUCAGUGAGGACUUCCUGCCUGAGAUCUGCAGCAUGAUCGCCCAGAAGGGAAAGCGUCCACAGCGCACAAAGGCAGAGUUGCAUCCUAGGUGCACGUCUGACCACCUGUCCAUGAAACCCAUCAAGCAAGAGGAGACUCCUGUGCUGACCAGAAUAGAAAAACAAAAGCGCAAAGAGGAGGAGGAGGAGCGUCAGAUUCUUCUAGCAGUGCAGAAGAAGGAGCAAGAGCAGAUGCUAAAGGAAGAGAGGAAACGCGAGUUGGAGGAGAAGGUCAAGGCAGUGGAAGAUCGAGCCAAGAGGAGAAAGCUCAGGGAAGAAAGGGCAUGGCUGCUGGCUCAAGGGAAGGAGCUCCCUCCAGAACUUUCCCAUCUGGACCCCAGUUCUCCCAUGAGGGAGGAAAAAAAGACGAAGGACCUCCUUGAGUUGGACGACGAUUUCACUGCCAUGUAUAAAGUUCUAGACGUGGUAAAGGCUCACAAGGAUUCCUGGCCCUUUUUGGAACCUGUGGAUGAAUCUUAUGCCCCUAACUAUUAUCAGAUUAUUAAGGCCCCCAUGGAUAUUUCCAACAUGGAGAAGAAACUGAAUGGAGGUCUGUACUGUACCAAGGAGGAGUUUGUGAAUGACAUGAAGACCAUAUUCAGGAACUGUCGAAAGUAUAAUGGGGAAAGUAGUGAGUAUACCAAGAUGUCUGAUAAUUUAGAACGGUGUUUCCAUCGGGCAAUGAUGAAGCAUUUUCCUGGUGAAGAUGGAGAUACAGAUGAAGAAUUUUGGAUUCGAGAGGAUGAAAAGCGGGAGAAGAGACGGAGUCGGGCUGGGCGAAGUAGUGGCAGCCAUGUUUGGACCCGCUCCAGGGAUCCCGAAGGGCCCAGCAGGAAACAGCAGCCCGUGGAGAAUGGAGGGAAGUCUUUGCCCCCCACACGCCGAGCCCCCUCUUCUGGGGACGGUCAGAGCAGCAGCUCCACACAGCCCCCACGGGAGGCGGGCACUUCCAAUGGCCGAGGCUUUUCUCAUCCCCUGCACUGUGGCGGAACGCCCAGCCAAGCACCCUUUUUAAACCAGUUGAGGCCAGCGGUGCCAGGGACAUUUGGCCCUCUGCGAGGAUCAGAUGCUGCCCCCUUGUACGGCUCCUCUGGAGUCCCAGAGCCGCACCCCGGGGAACCUGUGCAGCAGCACCAGCCUUUCCCCAUGCAGGCUCCAGUGGGAAUUAACAGCCACCGAGGACCCAGGCUGGGCACACCUGAAGACAAGCAAAUAUGUGGGGGGCUGACGCGCCUCUCUAGCAUGGGCCCACACCCUGGAUCCUUGCAGCUCAGCCAGAUAAGUGGCCCGAGUCAGGAUGGAAGCAUGUAUGCUCCAGCUCAGUUCCAGCCAGGAUUCAUUCCUCCCAGGCACGGGGGGGCUCCAGCCCGGCCGCCAAACUUCCCUGAAAGCUCAGAAAUUCCUCCCAGCCACAUGUAUCGAUCGUACAAGUACCUGAAUCGAGUACACUCUGCCGUCUGGAAUGGGAACCAUGGUGCUACAAACCCAGGACCCUUGGGCCCAGAGGAGAAGCCCCACCUGGGGCCUGGACCUUCUCACCAGCCUCGAAGUCUCGGUCACAUGAUGGAUUCCCGAGUCAUGAGACCACCUGUCCCCGCCAACCAGUGGACUGAACAAUCAGGCUUCCUACCUCAUGGAGUUCCUUCCUCAGGGUACAUGCAGCCACCCUGCAAGUCUGCUGGACAUCGGCUACAGCCACCUCCAGUGCCAGCACCCAGUUCUCUGUUUGGAGCGGCCACCCAGGCUCUGCGGGGGGUGCAGGGAGGGGACUCCAUGAUGGACAGCCCAGAAAUGAUCGCCAUGCAGCAGCUCUCCUCCCGCGUCUGCCCGCCAGGUGUGCCUUACCACCCCCACCAGCCCGUACCUCCCCGUUUACCUGGCCCUUUUCCACAGGUAGCCCACUCAGUGUCGGUCAGUGUAUCAGCCCCCAAGCCUGCCCUGGGCAACCCUGGGAGGGCACCGGAGAACAGUGAAACACAAGAGCCUGAGAAUGACCAAGCAGAGCCAUUGCCUGGCCUGGAAGAGAAACCAGCAAGUGUUGGUACUUCCGAGGGGGUAUACCUCAAACAACUACCUCACCCCAGGCCUCCCCUGCAGACUGACCGCACCAGGCAGAGCUCACCCCAAGAGAGGGGGGAAACGUCAGGCCCAGAGCUCAAAGCCAACUCCUCCGAAUCUGCAGACAGCUGUCAAGCAACCAAGGGCAAGAAUCCCUGGCCCUCGGAUAGCAGCUACCCCAGCCCAGUCACCCAAGGGUGCAUGGGAGACCUCUCCGCGGUGGCAGACAGGGGCACUCUACCUGAAAACGGAGUCACUGGGGAAGCAUCGCCCUGUGGAUCAGAGGGGAAGGGCCUUGGAAACAGUGGUUCCGAAAAGCCGCUGUGCCCCAGAGGCAGAACGUUGCAGGAAACCGUGCCGUGCCCAAGACAGAACACAGCGACACCGCCCAGCACAGAUCCCAGCUUGAUGGGAGGCACUGUGAGCCAGUUCUCCCCACUGUACAUGCCUGGGCUGGAGUACCCGAAUUCAGCUGCUCAUUACCACAUCAGUCCAGGCCUGCAGGGUGUGGGCCCCGUGAUGGGAGGGAAGUCCUCAGCAUCCCAUCCCCAACAUUUCCCCCCAAGGGGCUUUCAGUCCAGCCACCCACAUACUGGAGGCUUUCCCCGGUAUCGCCCCCCACAAGGAAUGAGGUAUUCCUACCACCCACCACCACAGCCUUCCUACCACCACUAUCAGCGAACUCCUUACUAUCCGUGUCCACAGGGCUUUUCUGACUGGCAGAGACCUCUCCAUCCCCAGGGAAGCCCGAGCGGACCCCCCGCCAGUCAGCCUCCCCCACCGAGGUCCCUCUUCUCCGACAAGAAUGCCAUGGCCAGUCUGCAAGGCUGUGAGACACUGAAUGCUGCCUUAACUGCUCCAGCCCAUAUGGAUCCUGUGGCUGCUGAAGUCCCGAAUGACGGGCAGAAUCCUGGUCCAGAGGAAGAGAAGCUGGAUGAAUCUAUGGAGAGGCCAGAGAGUCCCAAAGAAUUUUUAGACUUGGACAACCACAACGCAGCCACCAAGCGGCAGAGCUCGCUACCAGCCGGCGAGUAUCUCUACGGACCUCCUCCUCCGUCUCUGAGUGCGGGAAUGGGCUUUGCUUCAUCUGCAUUUCCCAGCCACGGCGUGAUGCUGCAGACGGGGCCUCCCUAUACGCCUCAGCGGCCGGCCAGUCACUUUCAGCCCAGCGCUUACUCUUCCCCCAUGGCUGCUCACCCACCUCACCACCCAGGGGCCCCCCAGCCCAACGGGCUCUCUCAGGAGGGCCCCAUCUAUCGCUGCCAGGAAGAGGGCCUGGGUCACUUUCAAGCUGUGAUGAUGGAACAAAUUGGCACUAGAAGUGGAAUAAGGGGACCUUUCCAGGAAACGUACAGACCGUCAGGAAUGCAGACGCACCCGGUCCAGUCACAAGCCUCGUUCCCAAAGACCCCCGCAGUGGCAGCACCGCGGGAGGAGCUGCCGCCUCACAAGCCUCCAGCGCUUCCCCCAAAUCAGAGCUAGUCCGAGGAGGAAAGGAGCCCCAAGCAAUGGAAAGCUGCACAUGAAGACUGGAAGGCAGAGAACUGGGGAGGGCCCCGCCAGCUCUGCUCCCAUCACCUGCUCUACCCCUUCGCGUGACCCACCUGUGCCAUCCUUGAGCUGGAGCCAGUCAUGGGCCCUCAAAGGACACUCCUUAGAUGACUGACACACAGCUCGCAAAGGUCCUUGGCCAGGGAUCUCUCGCACGGCUGCUGUAGACAGUUAGGCAGAACGAAUGGACGUGGGGUUAAUGAUGACUUUUCCAAAUCCUGAGACACUUUUCAGGGAAAAUCACUUUAAACUUGGGGGUGGGGUAUACUCAAGAAAGGAGUGGUGCUUUUAAACUUUGAUGAGCAGCUAAACUCAGGUAUAUAUUUGGGGAAGGGACUACUCGUAGUAUUAAUGGUUUUGGAGCUGGGUCCAGUUUACAGAAUUUUCAUGUUGCCUUUUAAAAUAAUUUUUGUUGUUGGUGAAUGUAUUGUACAUAAAGUGGGAAGGGUGGGUGGGAAUGCGGAAGAAAUGGGAGUCCUAACUGGUGGGUACACAGCACUGGAGUGAUCUUUAUCUGUUUACAAUCGCAUCACACUGAAUACUUUUGGGAGCUGGAGGUGAGGGUAGGAAAGGUUUGAUCUUGUCAUACGUCACUGUGUUUCCUUGCUAGUCAGCCAGGCUUCAGAAUAACUAAAGGCCGUCCUUCCAGUCAGCCUGAGAGGGAACACCUGUCCCCUCACCAUCUGGUGUCUGUCUCCGUUGGAGGCAGAGUGCUCUCGGGAGUACUAGAAGCUUCAGCCCAGGAGAUGGGCUGCUGGCUGAGUCUGGUGGCCCAAAUCCUGGAUGUGAGAAAGUGGUGUCCCUUCCUGGUUUUGCCACCAGCCCUACCGAAUAGUCGUAAACCACCAUCAGGAAUUGGGAUGGCUGCAGUGUUUCAUGUCUUAGAAGAUGAGCCAUGCCCAUCGCAGACCUCCCUGUCGGGCCUGUGAAUCUGGAAGGCACCCCACACAGCUUUCUGGCACGAAUCACAUUUUGUGGAAGUGAGUACUCAGGUUUGUGUAUUUUAGUAUCAAUAAAGAAUUGCACAGGUUUGAAUAGGAAAAAUGUAUUCUAUAGAUUUACAGUUUGAAUUUAGGAAUAUUUCAGUAUAUAUAGUUUUUAUUCAUUUUAAGUGAAUCAUAGUAAAAUCAGUCAUGGUGAUUUACAAUAGCUAUCCAGAAGAAGUUCUUGGAAUUAUUUGUUUUAUCUGUGAUAGGAAACCAUCGUACAGUAUUAAGUUACUUUAUCACAGUUUUAGGAUUGAAUUACACUGGAUUCUCCCUCGUUAGCAUUCUGUAUUUUAUUUUAGCUGAGAGGUCACCAAAGUUAGGACCCUGUUUUAAAUUUUUGAAUAUCCCAUGAAAGAAAAACUAAGGAAAAUACUGAAAUUACAGGUCUUUGUAAAAACAGCAUAUUUUUCAGCAUGCUUUUGGGACAGUAGAAGAGCCUCUAUGAAAUGUUAAUCUGCCCUAGUUUCUUAUAAAUUCAGCUGUGGGCAGAGCCAGUAGUUUGCCCUCCAAUUCCAGGAUUCCUAGUGAAACAUGGAACUGUUGUGUUUACAGUUUGCUAAACAUACGCUGUCCGUGGAAAGGAAACUGAUCAGAAACACCCAUGAUACCAAGAGAUAAAACCCAAGACACCAGUUCCCGGAUGAUGAAAGUUUGUGCCCGAACGCAAGCGCUUAACCUGGUGGGGCUGCACAGGGCUCAGGCAGAUGCGAGAGUUGAAUAGGGAACACAGAUGCCUCUUAGGUAUAACGCACAAAAAUACGGGUUUUCUCUCACAGAGGUUUUACUUUUAAAUGUGAUGUAUUUGCAGCUGGACUGAGUUUAGAGCCUGUGGUUUCACUGGCUCCUAAUUCUUGUUAGAAACCUACCACUGGCAUAACCUGUUGAGAGUGAAGAGGACAGAAGGUUUGUGGAUGGGUCUGCCCUUCAGCUGGUAUCCGCGUACGUGGAGCAUCACAGCCUCAGUGUCUGGGUUUGUGCAGAAGCAGAGGCGGAAAAGAAGCAUUUCGUUCGUUGCUGGCUAGACCUGGGCUAGACCCAGAGAAUUUGGCCGCCAACAGCCUUUCUCUUUUCCUGGUAAUGCUGGUUCAGAUCAGAGGCCUCACUUCUCCCUCACAGGAGCAUUGUCACCCUGGGCGUCGCCCCCUGAGUACCCCAGGGGCCUGGGUGGGAGUGGCUGUGAGCAGCGGUUGGGCUGGUGCCCCCUUUCCUUCCGCACUCCUGGUCCUUGAGCGGUUGCGUGCACCCUGUCCCAGGUCACCCUGUCUCCUCCCUCUCCCAGUGCCCGCCCCAGUCACCUGUUACUAGAGCAGUGCCGUGAACAGUACAGGAGGAGUCGGUAAAUCCCUUUAUCCUUAAUCUCCCUUCUUGGUUUUAGGUGGGAAAUAUUCCAGAAGAGCAAUAGGAAAUAGAACUACUGUUUUAAAUUAUAACACUGUGAACAAGAGCAGCAGCAGCGUGGUCAGCCUUCCUGCAUCCUGUGUUGGGAGUGUGUCUGUGCACUGUGGUAGAGCUUCACCCGUUGUCCAGGGUGUGUCCUGAGCUGUUACUGGUCUUCGAAGUGCAGAUCUGUGAGCUGGCUGGAGCUGCCGUGUUGCAGAAAUCCACCUGCUCGUGAGCUGCUGUGAACCCCUAGUCCACCCGUCCGCAGGCAGGAUCUUUUUCUCGCCCUUUCCUCCUCCUCUAGCACUUCUCUUUCCAAGUGUCUUAAGCAGAUGCAAUGUCUUAAAGCAGAUGCAAAUGCAUUUGCCAUCUUCUCCGUUAGGAAAAUGAUGGUUAUGUGUUAUAAUUAGAAAGCAGUGUGUAAGGUGUCCUGAAAAGGCUUGCUCUCAAGCUAGAAGGACAUUUCAUGCUGUGGGUCACUGUCACCUUGUCAGUGGGCCGGCUCUCAGUGGCCCCCAGGAGGCGGGGAUGGCUGAGAUCCAUGCAGAAUUGGAAAUGUUAUCAAAAACACUCAUGGCCCACUUUUAUUAGAGUUGUUAAUGAGUUAGAAACGUGUGUCCCCAAGGCCCAAGAGAAAGAAAAUGUGAGCUUCUUGGGAGGACUGUCUGUCUGUUUUCCCUUCAGAAUUAAAAAGUAAUUUUUAAUUCAGCGACUUUUUCCCCUCAUUUAAAGGUGGUAGGAGCAGCCAGGCACAGUGGCCCACACCUGUAAUCCCAGCUCUUUGGGAGGCUGAGGUGGGCGGAUCAUGAGGCCAGGAGAUCAAGAUCGUCCUGGCUAACAUGGUGAAACCCCAUGUCUACUAAAAUUACAAAAAGUUGGCCGAGUGUGAUGGCGCACCCCCGUAAACCCAGCUACUCAGGAGGCUGAGGCAGGAGAAGUGCUUGAAUCCCAGAGGUGGAGGUUGCAGUGAGCAGAGAUCGGGGAGACAGAGUGAGACUCCAUCUCAAAAGAAAAAAAAAGUAGCAGGAGCUGUUGGCUGAAAUGUAUUCAAGUUGGUGACUGUGGAGAAUAAAAAGAGCAAAGCCUGCAGGCCUCUUGCUGGGUACCGUACCUCUCCCUCCCACCUCUCUGCCUCUCCAUCGCCUGCCCUCACCAGGUUUGUCUAGUUGACCUGCUCAUACACAAGAGCUGCUUGUCAACAGUUUGUCUCUUGUCAGUGAGCCCAGGACAGAUGCUCAGAAGGCAAAGCCUCAUCGUGCUCCCUUCAUCAGGCUCAGUAAAGACCCUAAGACCUGCAGCUUGUCCCCGCAGUUCAGUCAACCCUCAGCAUUAAACAUCGAUUUACUCUAGCUUCUUCCCUCAAAGUCCUGUUUGUCACUGAGCAUUUGGUGUCAUUAUCCCAUGGCAUUUAUUUGCUGUGUAGUUAUAACUUAUUUUUGUCGGUUCCUACAGCUGGCAAAGGGUGUGCUAAAUGCCAUCCCCGGCCCACAAAACCCUGGUGUUGCUCUCACCAGAGCUGUCAGAAACAAGCUUAUGGUCCAUACCUCUUGGUUCGAUUUUUUUUUUUUUUUUUUUUUUUUUUUUUUAAUGGAAGUUCAAAUCUGCCGGGCGCGGUGGCUCACGCCUGUAAUCCCAGCACUUUGGGAGGCCGAGGUGGGUGGAUCACAAGGUCAAGAGAUCGAGACCAUCCUGGUCAACAUGGUGAAACCCUGUCUCUACUAAAAAAAAUACAAAAAUCAGCUGGGCAUGGUGGUGCGUGCCUGUAAUCCCAGCUACUCAGGAAGCUGAGGCAGGAGAAUUGCCUGAACCCAGGAGGCGGAGGUUGCGGUGAGCCGAGAUCGUGCCAUUGUACUCCGGCCUGGGUAACAAGAGCGAAACUCUGUCUCAAAAAAAAAAGUUCAAAUCUAUAAAUAUUACACUGUUCUUAAGACCUAAUUUGAAAUUUCACAGGAAGGCAUAACCUGCAAUCACAGGGUAAGGACAGGUCGAUAGUGUCAGAACCCCGACCUGCUGCCAGAGAUCCUCGGGUUUCAUAGAAAUGAAGGAGGCAGGUUCUCCAGCGUUGCUGCCUUCCGAGUUCGCCCUCUGCAGAAUCUUCACAGACCCCCCACUGCGGAAAUCGGUUCUGUGUGAGUGAGCCAUGUGCUGCUCAGUGCUGGGGCUGCUAGGAUGGGGUGUCUCCACAGAGAACAGCAGACAGUAGCUUCAGUAAAGCUCAUCACUGCGCAGGCACAAGGAAUGUGAUUACCACUUGCCGUGAGGAAAAGCUGGGCUCCUCCGGCGGGUGGGUGGGACUCUGCCCUGUAGCUGUAGGGAGCCUCGCCUCGCGCUUUCCCUCUGGACGGCAGUGUUUGGGGGUACGUUGCUGCUUCCCGUUUUUCAAGUCAGGGACACAAGCUUUGCCUGCAGGUUGCGUAUUGCCCUUGCCCUGUGCUGGACAGUCAGGUGGAAGGACUGUUCUGGGCUUGGGUACCCCGCCCCCGUUCUGUUUUUUUUUUUUUAACCUGUACACAUCAAGGAAAGGGUUGACCUUUUUAUACCUAGUUUCUCCCUCGUCCUGCACAAGACGACUGUCUGAACCCCCAUAUAGAAACGCCGGAUGAGCGGCUGAUUGUCCUGCAUGUGUGUUUUGAAAAGGGGUGGGUGGGGUGGGAACAGGGGAAUGGAUAUUGCAGAAGUUAUUGAAAUGCCGACCCCCGUUCAGGAAACCUUGCGGCCCCUCCCCUCUCCUCCAGCCCUGGUGCACACUGUGCGGAGCCUCUGCUCCUGCUACAAGAGCAGGAGCCGUGUGAACCUUCUGGCCAGCACUGGAAAGGGAAUGCUAUUUAUUUUUGUAUUGUGUAUAUUUCGUUGUGGUCUGCUGAUUCCCUGUUUCACUGAGAGCGACACUUACCUCAAUAGCUAGUUCAAUAUUGUGUGUUGGAUAAUUUUUUAAAAGAACUUCUUAAAAAGCUUUUUGAUCCUUGGCGGUCUGUAGAUUUAUUUCCAUAUGAACUGGUUAUUUUGUAUAAAGUACAUUCUUAAAAUAGCGAG